AUGAUAUCGUCUCGAGGUGCGUUUCUCGAGCUCGUGGAGAAGGCCACCUCGCCUCUCCUCCCUUCUGGCCAUGAAGAUAUGGCGACCAACUUGGACGUUUGUGAUCUCAUUCGAUCUAAGAGCGUGACGCCACAGCAUGCCAUGCAGAUCUUGAAGCAGCGCCUCCUGCAUACGAAUCCCAAUGUCCAGCUGCUUGCGCUCCAUCUCACAGAUCUGUGUAUAAAAAACAGCGGCAUGCCAUUCCUCAAAGAAGUCGCUGGCCCUGAGUUCAUGGACGCUGUCACGUCCAUGGUCCGUGAGCGAAUUUCGCUCCCGGUGCCCGUUCGUACGCAGACGCUGCAGUACUUGCAGAAUUGGCGGUACCUUGCCGAGGCACAUCCGCAGGAUUUGGGGUACAUGGCUAGUGCUGUCCGUGCCCUGGAAACAGAGCAUGGUAUCACACUUCCAUCUGCGGAGGCACAUGUCGUGGCAGCGGCCCAGGCGUUGACAGAUACGUUGAUUGCGCCGGAUUGGACAGACAGCAGCGUAUGCACUCGGUGUCGUGCCGACUUUGGCACGUUCUUGCGCAAGCAUCAUUGUCGGAACUGUGGCCGUGUAUUUUGCUACAAAUGCUCGAGCAAGACCAUGGCCCUGCCAUGGUACAGCAUUAAAGAGCCUGUGCGCGUAUGUGAUGGUUGCUUCAAGCGGAAAGGACCUAUACCUGCGUCGAAGACGGCCGUGCCUCGCACAGAAGCCUCUGCGUCUAACACCACGUCGAAAGAAGACGAUGAUUUGGCGCGUGCUAUUGCUCUCUCGCUGCAAGAAUCUUCGCGGCCAACAGAGCCAAGCAUAGAGCGACGCAAGGCAGAAGGCACCGAUGCUGACGACGAUCCCGAGCUCGCUGCAGCGAUUGCUGCGAGUUUGCGGGAGUGGGAAGCGUCAUCGCAACCGCCACCGCCACCAACGUCGAACACGCCUUCGGUACCUAUACCCGCCCCCACUGCUACGUUCACAACGCCGCCGCCAGCCGUACCGACGUCAUCACCUACCCCCAUGGCGCUGCAAACACGCACUCAGCGACCUUUGCAGAUGGAUGCCUCCGAUUACGACCACAUUCUUACGUUUUACCAAACUGUCAAAACAUCAUCAGCGCCUUGGAAAGAGCGUGUGCCUACCGAUGGCGUGCCUGUGCCUGUCCAAAACAUGCAUACGAAGGCCGCUGCUUCGCGGGCCAAGUUGGCGCGACACCUCGAUGUAGGACAUCGACGGCUUCGUGAGCUGACGCAGCUGCACGAGACACUGACCGAUGUUGUGCGCCUCUACGACCGAUUGCUCGACGCUCAAUGGGAGACACCGCCUGUGUCGCAGCGGCCGACACAUCCUAACGCGCAGGACGAGUGGCAUACCGUCCCGUCGGCGCCACCGAGUCUCGCAGCGCCGACGAUGCUGCCUUCGGCGCCGAUGGAUGCCGAUGGACGGGUGCCUGCCACACACACUACGCACGUUUCUUCACAUACCCCGCCUGCCGACCCUGCUUCGGAGGCCUUGCUGAUUGAUUUGUAA